AAGUGGAAAAGGAAACGUCGAUGCCGCCAUUUCACGUGAAAAGCAGCGCGUGAGGAAGUGCGUUAACGGGGCAGUAUUUACUCUAAAAGAUACAUUUAAAUUGGAUUAUUUUCCACUCGCUGUGGAUGAUAAAGAUAAAAUAAUUUUAUCUUAAAGUAAAAGCUCCCGUUUCCAGUCUUACCGGGCCUUUCCUGGUCGUUUGAGGCGAAGAAAGAUGAGUUACGGAAGGCCCCCGCCAGACGUGGAGGGAAUGACCUCCCUCAAAGUGGACAACCUGACUUACCGAACUUCGCCGGAGACUUUGCGUCGGGUUUUUGAAAAGUACGGUCGCGUGGGUGAUGUUUAUAUCCCCCGGGACCGUUACUCCAAGGAGAGCCGCGGCUUCGCGUUCGUAAGGUUCUUCGACAAGCGUGACGCCGAAGACGCAAUGGAUGCCAUGGAUGGCGCGCUCCUCGACGGGCGAGAGCUGCGAGUUCAGAUGGCCCGCUACGGUCGACCACCGGACUCGAUGUACAGCAGGAGAGGACCCCCUCCUCGCAGAUAUGGAGGGUACGGACGUAGAUCCAGGAGUCGUUCGGCCAGCCCCCGUCGACGCAGGCGCAGUCGAAGCCGCUCCAGGAGCCGAAGCCGUUCCCGAUCCAGGAGCCGCCGCCAGUACAGCCGCUCCAGGUCCAGGUCCUAUUCCCGGUCAAGGUCAAGAUCCCGUUCGAGAUCCAGAUCCAAGUCCAGGUCCAAAUCCAAAUCCAGAACCCCCAAACGGAGCAAGUCAAAGUCCCCCUCCAGGUCUCGGUCCCGCUCCAAAUCUAAGUCCAAGGCCAAGAGCCCAACGCCACCAUCCAAGAGAGAGUCGAAGUCCCGAUCCAGAUCCAAGUCUAAAUCCAAAUCCAAGAGUAGAUCAAAGUCUCCAGAGGACAACGCAGCAGAGUCUUAAUGUACUCUUGGACGCAUCAUCACGGUAUUCAGGGGCAAGGGGGGUAAUCCAUUUAAAAAUUUUAGAAAAGCACCAGUCACAGCUGUAAAUUAGAAGUUAUCUUAAUUUGCAUGCAACCAAAUCUUCAGUCAUUUUUAAUAGUAGGUUUGAGAUCAUUCUGAAAACAAUGGCAUUUGUUUGUGCUUUAUUUUGUUGUCAAAUUUAAAGCACAAAUUGUCAUUGGAAGGGAUGGUUACAGACUUCAAAGGGGUGUGGCAUAUUACACAUGUACCUGUUUGUUUGGGGGAGGGUUGGAACAUGGGAUGUAAACUCAAAACCUUCACUUAAAUGUGGAAUUCUUUCCUCCAAGCUGCUGAGUCCUGUUUGCAAAGAGAGGAGGAGAUGGGGGUGUUGCAGUUUGAGAGCAGUUAGUGUGUGACCCGCCCAUGUGACCUGCCCGUUGCUGAGGGCGAUGGCAGUUUCUAAGGAACAGGCCACCAAGGCAAUGGUGGUUGCUGCUGAGCAGGUCGUCAUGGCGGUGGUUCGGGCUGUCAGUUGGUGUGUAAGGUGAUGUGGUGAGGUACGUUCACGGGGACCGCAGGCAGCCGCACUGAGCUGUGUUCCCACUUGCAUCUGUGGUUUUAUCUGCCUCUCACAAAGAGAUGCAAACCCCAAGGUUUGUUUAUAACACAUGUGCCGGAGUUUCUAUUGGGAAGAACCAGGCAAUGAAGAGUAUGAUUUUAGGUUUGUUAAAAAAAAAAAAAUGAAUACAUGUAUUGAAUGUUAGUUUCAGAAACCAAUACUUCAUUUAAAUAUUGAGGUCAGAUUCAGGACUUUACAUGACUGUCUAGUUUUGCUCUUGCUAACUCAGCUGUUUCCUUCCUUUCAGGUUGCUCCCCUUUUGAACCUUCGAUGACGUCAGGAACAGUCUCACAUUGAGCAAGCGGACCCUACUUUAACAGCUAAAUCCUGACAAAAAGGUUAUUGGAUCUUGGUCUAAAUUGCUUUAAAUGUAUAUUUUUAUGUAAUCUGCUAUUGUUGUUAAAGCUGAGCAUAUUCAAAGGGAUGUAUGAGGCAAAUUAGCAAACAUUUCUUUUUCUUGAUGAACCCAUUGUUUAGGGUAGAUAUUUGAUGGAAAUUCCUCAAUUUCUGUUUGGUUUAAGGUUUAAUUUUAGAUUUACUGUUAAUAAAAAGGGUGGUUGUUGUUUGGAAUAUUGACUCUUAAAUUUUCAUUAAAAAAUGCCUUGCUUUAAAGUAAGAGGCCACUUAAUUUGUCGAUAGGAAAGUCGAGUAGCUUCUUAUUUCUUCUCUGGCAGAUUUUCUUUGUUUUCUGUCUGAUCAAAGAUGCUUUCCUAUAACUAACCCUUUUUCUUGUGUAUCUUUUGUGCACUAGGCGCAGUUGUGUAGCAGUUGAGUAAUGCUGGUUAGCUGUUAAGAUGCGGUGCAGUGCGCUGGUGACAUGGUGUGGCGUGUUGCGGUGCAGAGUGCCCGGUGCUGUUCCGGGGCUCGACCCUUCGCUGCCGUAUGCCGGUUUGUAAGCUCACAGGUGUGGCAGAUCAUCCAUCCUCUCCCGUUUUUUGUGACCACCCCCUCAAUGUUGUGCAGAUAUCUUCUCUUCACUCUCCCCUUCCUGUCUUUCUACUCUUUUUGCUUCCUGCUCCUUCUGUACUUUGUCCACUGUUUUAAUGCUCGCUUUGGAAAUGAAUCCCGUUUGAUUCCUAGUGAAGGGUUGAAAAGUCAGCGUUGCUCCCAAUGGAAAAUUUUUCUUUUGUGUACUGCAUUCCUUUGUGAACUUCUCAAAUGUCUUGUAAUUGCUUCAGGUAAAAUUCAAAUAAAAAAACUUUGGAAAUUAA